AUGAAAGGAAACGUUACUGAUGAAAAAGAAGAUAAUUUUAUGAAAAGUUUUAAAUAUUAUAAAUCGAACAAUCCCAAACCUUCACUAGAAUUACUGAUAACAACACAAAAUAAUUAUUUUGACGAGGAAAUAAAUUCUAUUAAUAAAAUUACUGAAGAUGAUCCGAGAGCUGAAAUGCUGGGUUUGAUUAGUUUAAAAAAUUGGAAGGUCUAUAGAUUUAAAAAACAUCCUGGUCUUAUUCUUAUAAGGAAUCCUUUUACAAGUUCAGGACAAAGGUAUUGGAUACAGAAAAGUCUUAAAGAAUAUCCAAAAAAACCAAAUAAAACAAAUAUUGAUAUAGAGAGAAAUAUUGAUGACUGGUGGGCAGAAUGCAAUCUUAAUGACCAAUGUGAUAGAAAACUACAAAAGAAGUUAAGAUGGACUACCCUAGGAUAUCAUCACAAUUGGGAUACAAAAAUUUAUGCUGAAGAAAAUAAAAAUCCAUUUCCUGAUGACUUAGCAGAAUUAUGUGAUAUAUUUGCAAAUUAUUUAGGAUAUAAAAGUUUUAAGGCACAAGCAGCUAUUGUGAACUAUUAUCAUAUGGGAUCAACAUUGUCAGCUCAUACCGACCAUUCAGAAGUUAAUUUAGAAGCACCCUUGUUCUCUUUUAGCUUUGGCCAGUCUGCUAUAUUUUUGAUAGGAGGCCAUGAUAAAGCAUCUGACCCUUCUGCUAUUCUAUUAAAUAGUGGAGAUGUUAUUAUUAUGUCUAAAGAAGCCAGGCUUUGUUACCAUGCGGUGCCUAAAAUAUUACCUGCAUCAUCACAACCGUGGGAUAGUAUUGAAAUACUAAAUAAAAUUAAUAGUGGAGUUCAAUUCAAAUAUUUACCUAAAGAACUAGAUAUAAAUGAAACUAUAGACAAAAUGUGGACUAAAUUUGGCAUAUAUAUUAAAGAAUCAAGAAUUAACAUAAAUGUUAGACAAGUACUAAAAGAAAACCAGACAAAUUUAAAUGAUGUAAAUAAUAUA